AUGCGGAGCGCUCAUUGGCUUAGCUUCUCCGCGGGGCCGAAGGCUUUCUGGGUAGUUCCGGGGCGCCGCAGGCCUCCGCGAGGGGCGCUCCACAGCCGUCCCUGCGGAGCAACUGUCACCCGCGCCGAGAGGGUCUCUGGGAAGUGGCGCCGUCAACUUCGGAGGUUAGAGGAGCGGCUUCGCUCCCCACGUGGGCUGAAGGCGGGUUUCUGGGCGUCCUGUAUGCAGGCGGGCGGAUGGCGAGACUGUCGCGGCAGAGUGCGGGACAGCGGCCGGCGGCGGUUCCCCCAGGGUCCGGGGUUCGCCUGCGGCCUCGACGCCCACGCCGGGACCCUCCGCUGGCACCGACCGUCCGGAGUGGCCUCAAGGAGGAUGGGGAGGUCGACCUGGGGCGCGAGGCUUGGAGCCUUCGACAAAACGUUGAGUCCGUGCCCGCCCCUCUCCGACCUAGGGCCCGAGAACCGGCUCGAUCGCAGCCAACAGUUGGCAGCUCGAAUCCCGGCGGGUUCGUGUGCGCCUCCUGGGGUCGCCCGCAGAGGUGCGAUUUGGCCUCGGGGGCCACAGGUGCGAACUCGGCUCUCCAAGGGCCGCGCGGACGCGUCGCUGGCGGCUCGGGUCUGCGGCCAGAGUGAGGCCCUUCGCCCCCGGGACCGGCGGUGGAGACGCGGCGCCUGGAGGCCGGGGGGCCCGGGGGAGCCCGGCAGGGAGGAGCCCCACACAGUAACCGCGCGCGCCCGCAGCUCCCGGCUCUCCUACCCGGACCCUGAGAGCAGCUCCCCGGGCGGGCGCCUCCUGGAGGUCACGUGUGAAAGUCCAAUUCGACCUCUUGGAUUAGAAGGGGAACUCAGACUCAGAGGGGCCUGGGACGGAGACUCUGAGGUCCCCAGAGGACGUGCCCACGCCCUCUAGAUGUGUCCCCUGGCCCCUCGUUGCCCUGUCCUCCACUCGAGCUUCCGUGGGGCCUGAAAUUCCACCCCCACGGUGCCCAGCCAACGCUGUCCCCUGUCAGAUGCGACCUCUGAUCACACCUGGCCCUCUGGCUUUGCAGUAUGUCUGUUCACGGAGGGAAGGAAUUAGCCAGUUCCCUCAAGAAAACGGGAGCAGUGAGAGCCCAACACUUUCUUCAGAUUAAGGAAUUAUCUGGGGACGCCUGGGUGGCUCAUGGCUCAGUUGGUUAACCGUCUGCCUUUGGCUCAGGUCAUGAUCCCAGGGUCCUGGGAUCGAGUCCCGCAUCGGGCUCCCUGCUCAGCAGGAAGCCUGCUUUUC